AGGUUAUAUUUCAGAUUUAUCCCCCUUUCUUUCUCUUCAAAACCUUUGUUUCCAAGCUCCCUCUCUUCCUCGGCAUCAAACGUAAAACUUUUUCUUUCCAUUUCCACUUUCUCUUCGGAGCCAAACAGAUCCCCAAAAAAUUAAGAGAGGAAAAACUUAUAAUGCGAUUUAAGAUCGCCUGAGCACAGUUGACUCGCUCACUAAAACCGCUUCAAAUUCCAAUCCAAUCCAAUCCAAUGGGAGCUGUACCUUCAACGCCGCGGCAGAGUGCACGGCCACAGGACACGGCGGAGUACCUAAUCGGUUCUUUUGUCGGCGAAAAAUCAUUUCCUCUCGGUUCCGAUUUUUGGCAGAAACUUCUAGAACUUCCUCUCAAUCUCCACUGGCCUGAUGAUCGUGUUCAAGAAGCUUGUCAGCUCUUCGCACAAAACAAUUGUUACACAAGGCAUCUAGCGAAGAUUUUGAUUCACUUAGCGCAAUGUGUGCAAGAGGCAAUAUCAAGUAGUAGUGGUGCAGCAGCAUCACAGGCGGUUUAUAUGAAGGCUGUUAAUGCGGUUUAUAUUUCCUCUGUUUUUCUGAAUUACUUAAUUGAAAAUGCUCCAAGUAACAACACUAUUGAUGACUUGUAUUUAUCCUUGGAUCAAACUGAACCUGCACCAAGUGGUUUCAUUAGAGAUCAAAGCAUUGAAAAUCUUGUCAUGCACAGUGUGCUUAGCUUUAUUGGCUCUGUAGAUGUAAGUACGAACACAUACCUCCUGCAUCAGGAGUUGCUUAACUUCAUGCUUGUUGCAAUGUCAACUCAACUACUCUAUGGUCCAUCCCCGGGACCAACAGAUAUGAAUCCUUUUAUUGAUGCAGCAAUGGUGCAGGAAAAUUCUUUGGUCAGUUCAGUUGUUCGGCGACUAUUACUCAAUUACAUAGUGCGAUCGCGCAUCCCAUUGAAGAAUACAUCUUAUUCCUUAUUUUCUGAAGGGAGUCAGCCUGGGGUCUUGCAAAGAGUUGGUUCUGCGGCUGCUACUAUUGUCUUAUUGCCUUUCAAUUAUUUGGUCAGCUCAAAUGGUGAAGGCAUAAGAAAUCCAAUGGCGGAUGCCAGUCUUCAUGUGUUGCUUAUACUUAAUUAUUAUCAUAAAUGUAUUGUGGGUGACGAGCCCUUUACAGGAAAAAGUGACGACAGUGCUGCAUCUGAUUCUCUUUCUAAAGCAAAUAUGUAUUUCUCUGACAAUCCAUACUGCAAAGCACUAGAAAAUGCAAGGGAUAUUGAACUUGAUCGUGUGGAUAUUGAGGGGAAUGUACACAAUGCAUCACAUGUGCGGUUACCAUUCGCAUCUCUAUUUGAUACUCUUGGCAUGUGUUUGGGUGAUGAAACUGCUGCCUUAUUGCUUUACACAUUGGUACAUGGAAAUUCUGACUUUUUGGAGUAUGUUUUAGUGCGCACGGAUUUGGAUACCUUGCUAAUGCCUAUUUUGGAGACACUAUACAAUGCUUCAAAGAAGACGUCAAAUCACAUAUACAUCUUGUUGAUUAUACUUCUUAUACUUAGUCAGGACUCUUCUUUUAAUGCAAGCAUUCACAAGAUGAUACUGCCAAGUGUCCCAUGGUAUCAAGACCACCUUCUUCACCAGACAUCUCUUGGUUCCCUAAUGGUCAUAAUUCUUAUACGGACUGUGAAGUAUAACCUAUCUAAGCUGAGGGAUCUCUAUCUCCAUACAACUUGUCUAGCGACUCUGGCAAACAUGGCCCCUCACGUCCACCGGCUGAGUGCAUAUGCAUCACAAAGACUAGUUAGCCUUUUCUACAUGCUUUCUCGCAAGUAUAACAAACUUGCAGAGAGAAUAGAUGAUAAGAUAGGGAAGAAUGGCACAGCCGAACAAGACAGCCUCGCUGAAGAUAUGUCUGCUGAGUUGCACAUCUACACAGACUUCUUGAGGAUUGUCCUUGAAAUAUUAAAUGCAACUUUGACUUAUGCCCUGCCACGCAAUCCUGAGGUUGUAUAUGCUAUAAUGCACAGGCAGGAGGUUUUUCAGCCAUUUAAGAAUCAUCCACGCUUUAACGAACUGAUUGAAAAUAUAUACAUGGUUUUAGAUUUUUUCAAUAGUCGCAUGGAUGCGCAAACCCAAGAUGGGGAAUGGUCGGUAGAGAAAGUUCUCCAACUCAUAAUCAUUAAUUGUCGAUCAUGGCGAGGUGAAGGGAUGAAGAUGUUUACUCAAUUACAUUUUUCGUAUGAACAAGAGAGUCAUCCAGAGGAGUUCUUCACACCAUACAUUUGGCGGUUGGCUUUGACCUAUUGUGGAUUCAGCUUUAAUCCUGGUGCCAUAAAUUUGUUCCCCGUUGAUCUGCCGGUAGAAAAAGUAAACGAUUCUGGAGAGGAUCUUGAUAAGCAUCAAAACGGGGAGUUGGAUCAGCUUCUGCAGCUUGACGUAUAGUGGUUGAAUACAAUGUAUUCCACCACCAAUGUUCAUAAUUAACUGCUCUGUAAAUAGCUAUAAUAGAGAAAAGAUGUAUUCGUCUCAUUCUUUCCUGUUUAUAUGCGUGGAAUACUGUAGAUGGCACUUUCCCAUAUAUGUAAGUGAUGAUAACACAUUUUGAUGAAUAAGAGAGGAUAUCAAGUCCAAUUUUCAUGGUAUA